UAUCGAAAGUUCGUCUUAUAUUACGUAAACGGAUUUGCUUCCUCACAUUCAUUUUUACAUCGCAAGUGCAAGAGACGCCUUUGAUCAAAAUGAAAGUUACACUCGUGCUGGUUGUUCUGGCGUGUGCCAUGGCCUUCGUAUACGGAGACCUUGUAUGCGGAUCCUCCUACUGCAAAGAGCACCCUUGCACAAACAAAAUUAGCAAUAAAAGCUGUAAAUCACCCUCGAUUUACCGCUCCAACCACGCUGGCAAAUGCGCUUGUUGCCCGGCUUGUGUGACCUUAUUGUCGGAAGGCGCGGCGUGCAAGACCUACAGCAAGGAGUUGGGAGAAACCCCCUCAGCUGUGUGUCGUGAACCCCUCAAGUGCCUUAAAGGCGUUUGCACCUCUGUUGCACCAAGACAUUAAAUUUUUGAGAGCUGUUAUCACUUAAAUAAACAAGUCAAAGUCCAAGACUUGUUUUUCGUUAUAAUGAAAUAAAAACUAUACAUAUUAUACAGAUGUUGUAACCUAAACAUAUAGGUUCAAAUAAUAAUUAAAAUAUUGUUU